AAAUACAGGAAAAUCUGAGUGGAGGCCCCAGGUUCAAUUGGUCCCAGCCUUUAGUUUUAAAAGAUAAUCCUCUGACAAAAUAUCAAUAAUUUUCAAAUUUAAGAUGGGAGUUGACCAUUAUGUUAUAAUCCGCUGAUGGAAGUGCUUGACUUACUGAACUUACAUCUGGGACCUCCUUUGAGCUUAAGAUUAACCAUGGCUGCAAAACACGUUAAACCAUGUUUACUGCUGGUUUUGAUCUUCUCCGCAUAUGUCUGUGUUUCAGCUGAACCGAAUAAUAGGAAAAAAUCUUUGAACAUAAUCAAACAACUGAACCGUAGAGGGCCGUAUAUUGGUCUCAUCACUGUGAUUCGUACAGAGGAGAAUGCAUUUUUUGCUACAGGGUCCUUCAGGCCUGAUCCCAAGUACCCUUUUGUGGAUCUUUCUGGAAGAAGAUUUCGCAUAGGAAAAGUUCAUGGAAAGAAAGUCAUCUUUGUCAGAUGUGGGGUUGGAAUGGUUAAUGCAGCUGCAGCAACACAACAAAUGCUAGAUCUGUUUGAUGUGGAGGGAAUCAUCCAUUUUGGAAUUGCUGGCAAUGUAAAUAACUCUAUGUCCAUUGGAGAUGUUACCAUUCCAAGUCAAGUUGCACAUACCGGCAUUUGGGAUUGGCUGAACCCACAAGGGACAGUGGAUCAGGAUGAUGUUGCUCAACUGGAUAUUGGAAGCUACAAUGUUCCAACAGGAAGUGGAUCUAACCUCUUAGGGCAUAUCGGGUAUAGGAAAGAGCAAUUUUUUUCAAAGUCAGGAGAGCCGAAUAUUGCUCAGUCUCUGGUUUGGGCUAAAACAAGUCCACAGUGGCUUCAGCUUGCUUCCAACUUCGGGGAGUUGAUAUUAGAGCAGUGUGUGAAUUCAAGCUUGUGCUUACCACAAAAGCCCAAGUUAGUUGUUGGUCUAAGGGCCUCGACAGCAAACAUAUUUGUGGAUAAUGCAGCUUACAGGGACUUUCUUUUUCAAACAUUUCAUAUUUCGUCAGUGGACAUGGAAAGUGCAGCUGUAGUAAUGACAAGCUUGUCAAAUGGCUUCCCUCUGAUUGUGAUUCGAGGGCUAUCGGAUUUAGCUGGAAGACAACGAGGAGAGAAUGCAAUUAAGGCGUUUGGGUCUCUUGCAGCAGUAAACGCAGCCAAAGCUGUUUUGGCAUUUAUUGCCAGGCUACCAGGAUAUGCUCGCUGAUACUCACUGGACAGUUAGUUUCUCUGAAAUCAACCUCAAGGCUGCAAAACUAGAGUACAAUAUGUAAAAUCUGCAAUCUAUGUAAUUCUAUAUAUAAGUCAUCUGAGAGUCAGUUAUUCGCAAAAUAAUGUGGAAUUUUCUGCCAUUGUAUGUUAUAAUCGAUCAAGAAGCUAAGGUUAGCUGAAACAGCAACCUCUGUUCAAAAGAAGAAAACAGAGAAGCGAGAGAGAGAGCAAUAACAAGACAAAAGGUUGUUCAUAUAUUUAUCAAGCUUAAUUACAACCUUAAAUACAUUGCACUCUUA